AUGAUUGUCCUUCAGCUUGCCCGGCUAUUAACUCUCGUUUUUCUAGAUGUGUUGAAGCUGGUGACAGUGGGCCUGCCAUUCCGCAAAUAUAGCCACAACCCCCUCGCCACCGUGGUGCUCUCAACGCUCAGACGCUUUCACCAGGUGUGUCCCCUGUGGUUGGCAUAUUAUGUUAUCUACUGCCUGGUGUCCACAAUGUGUCGUUUGUUCAAGUGGAAAUACACUGAUGUUUGCUCCACAUUUGAAGGGUUUGGACAAACCUAUGAUAGACGGCUGGUGUGGUUCAGCAAAGCCAAACUGCCGGCACCAGUGAUUAUCUAUCUCCACGGAGGCGGUUAUGUGAUGCAGCUUGCUCCUCCACAGCUCCAGGGUCUAACAGCAGUAGCUCAAUUGGUGUCGAAACCGGUGUCGAUCUUGAUACUCGACUAUCUGUUGAUCCUGGGAGGACAGCCCUGGCCGCGACAACGUGAAGAGUUGGAAGACACCUAUCGUCGGUUGGUUAAUGAUGGGUAUCGUGACAUUAUCUUGAUGGGUGAUUCUGCCGGAGGCCAUUUGGCAGUCACGUUCCUUACUCAUUUGCAGAGAAUAAACAGUGACCUCCCGUGGCCCCGCCUGACAAUACUCAUCUCUCCAUGGGUCAAGUUAUUCGCUCAUGCCGUCGAAAAAGCUAAGGGACUGGCAUACUUAGACAACUCCUCGCGGGAUGCAAUUCCCAUGGACAUGUUGCUCUCCACUGAACUUCAAACUAUGUUUUUGGGGCCUGCAAACAAUCUCUCUUCACUAUCAGUCAGCCCCGGCAACUGUGAAUACAACUACCAUGAUUGGAAGGACAUUCCCGCAUUCGGACGUGGACACCUGAUAUUUGUGAUGGCGGGAGAAGAUGAGCUCAUGAGAGACGAUGUCCUUGAGUGGUGCUACCAUGCUCUAGGGGUACCGCUUUACCGGCAGUUUUACUACGGUGACUCUAGUGGCCGCUUUGAGCGGGAAAAGCACCAGUAUGUAGGGAGAUGUAAGCAGGGAGGGUACGUGGAGGUGUACGUUGAGCCUUGGGGAGUCCACGACAGUUUGUUCGCUAUCGAAAGUGGGGUUUUCUUCAAGCAUCACGCUGCCGGCUUCACGCGAUGGCACGUUGAUCCUGUGCGAUACUUUGCUCUCUCCAGACUUUCUGACGCUAUCACUAUCAGAACUAGAAAGGUUAUCACCAACCCCUUGUUGUCGAGAAGACAAUUCGUCAUUGACGUUGUCCACCCCAACAGAGGUAACGUCUCCAAGGAUGAAUUGAGAGAAAAGUUGGCCGAAAUUUACAAGGCUGAAAAGGACGCCGUUUCGGUUUUCGGUUUCAGAACUGCCUUCGGUGGUGGCAAGUCGACCGGUUUCGGUUUGAUCUACUCGUCGGUUGAAGACGCCAAGAGAUUUGAACCCCAAUACAGAUUGGUCAGAUACGGCUUGGCCGAAAAGGUUGAAAGAGCUUCGAGACAACAAAGACACCAAAAGAAGAACAGAGAGAAGAAGAUCUUCGGUACCCAAAAGAAGCACGCUAAGAAGGUUGCCAAGAGAAACGCUGAUUAA